AUGUUCCUCCCUUCCUGGGUCUUUCCGGCCGUAGCCGCGUCCACUUGGCUAGCAAUGCUACUCACUAUGUUAGGCCACUGGACUAUGAUCGGUGAACCGAGAUAUGGCUUGAUGAAGCCUGGUCAGAAUAUACCAUUCAUUUCAGAUAUUGGAGCCCAGGAAUUAAAACCCUUAUUCAUGAUCGGAUCGAUCACAACAGUCCUACUUCUAAACCUCUCUUUCUACCAACAUGUUCAAAACAAGUCAUACAUCAGCAAAGCGUGCACGCACGGUUCAUUCCUUUUCACAGUUGUCGGGAGUAUCGGAUUGAUUAUGCUAUCCGUCCUCGACAACAUCGCCCACCAUUUCAUGCACGAUGUCUGCGUGACAAUCUUUAUCGUCGGGUUUCUCGUCAGCGCGGCCUUGAUGUGCUUGGAUUAUAUCUAUCUGGGCAUCGCACAUGCCCUGCGGCAGCCCAUGCUCAUGACAAGUUUUCUUAUCAAAUCCUCGUUCAUUGUCGUUGAACUUGCCCUCAUUAUUGUCUUCCGGGUCACGGAGCAUACCCAUUACAACCAGAAUAACAUGGCUGCUACUCUUGAAUGGGUCAUCGCCUUUGUCUUCACCGGUUAUAUUCUCUCUUUGAUUGUCGAUCUGAUGCCAUCCGCUCACAAGAAUCUCCACAAUCCAAAGGGAUAUCAACCAGUCCAGAUGAGCAUGGCCUUGCCUUAG